AGUCAGGCUGGAGUAUUUUCUUGUAGUGCCAUCAUGCGGUACUACAUUGGUAAAGAAAACAGUAAAUAACGUUAGGAGAAACAUGUUGUCGUAAUUGUAAAUAAUUGUAUCUAAGACUUAUGGAACUACUUUGCGUCAGUUAAGCAGGAUGCUGAUUAUUUUAGGGUUGUUAACUCUGAUAUUAGUGCGAUCUGUGUCUCCCUUUGACGUCCGAGCCCUCUGCCCUGAGGUCUGUCCUUCUCGAUUAUAUCCUUCUACAGCACAAGGCACGUGGUGGACAAUCCUAGCAACCAAUACAAGCAAUGUGGAGUGUGGGAUUCUGAAUACCCAUUGCCCGUGGAAGUGUCUCGGGUUUCAGUUUUACAGCAAUGUCUACCCACGUUUGUACAUUCAUGAAUACAACAUGACAGCAUUUGGUUACAACACAACAAAAGGAUGUUAUGAUCAUCAGUACGCGAUAAUAAGGCUUGUGGACAUGAACCAGCCUUGGGCGGUAUUCAACAUUGCUGAUAAAUGGACUGGCGUUUAUACUAUCGUGGCUAUCUUGGACACAGAUGAUCAUGAAAGCUUUAUAAUCCUAUACGUAUGUGGUGUGAAAACAGCCGAAGGGGAGCCCAUUGUAUUCAUUAUUACCAGAGACAAAAGAGGGAUGUGCAGAAGAAAUGAAAAGAGGGUUGACGCUGUCCUCAAAGCCAACAAUAUCCGCAGGUGCAAUCUUAAUGUGAUUGAUAGGAAUAAAUGCCCUGUCAAGUUUAGUACUAUGUUCGCUAUAGAAACAUGUUGCAAUACAAACCUUGAUAAUGCAAAAUAAA